AUGACUACUACGGGGCGGCUCCUUCUAGCCAUCGGCACACUCGUGUUCUUCCACGCGGCAUACUCAACAUACGAGCAUCUGUCGUUGAGGAAGUCGCUCGGACUCGCUGGUGCAGAAUCCAACCAGAUGCCUAUUGAUAUCACCUUUGAGACCCUCGUGGCGUUUAUCGUCAUUCUGAUCGGUAUCGCGCUCACCGCAGCACCAUUGAAAAACGUUACUUGGGCCAGCGAAAUGCGUACAAAAUCGAUCGACGAGGUGGAUUCAAGAUCCAAUUUCGCAUCACUCACACAUCGAGGGCAAAUUCUGUUUGCGUCGUCCGACUAG